AUGAAAAACCUCAGCCUCAUCACAUUCUUGAGAUGCUUCAAUGGAUGCAGGGACAACACUCAGGUCUCGGGCCACGGCACGAGAAUCUGGAACUUGAGCAACAACCCCAUCGAGCUCCAGAUACGCGUCGGCUCGAUACUGAAAAGGGUCCACACGUUGAAACCCGGGUCAUCCAAAAGGCUCAAGGGCAAGAACAUCUACAAGGCCUACAUGCCCGGAAAUAAGAGCAAUAAAGGGAGUGACAAUAGCAGUGGCCACAUGAGCUUGCUUUACUACUACGACGAGACGUGCCAUCCUUACAUUUGGAUUCACGACACGGGCUGCGAUUUUUCGAGGAUGGUCAAACAGCAAUACAUAAGUCUUGAGGACUUGAAGGACUUUUCGGAGAUUAAGGUUCUUCGUGAUCAUCAGAGGGGUUGCAUUUCGGUUCGGAAGAGAUCGAGGCCCGAUUUUUGUUAG